AUGUCUACAGAUAGCAGACACGCGCCGCACACUGGCAGGAGUCGCAAAAAGCUCCUGCAGCGCCUCUACCGCUCGACUGAGGCGGAAGACUUUUCGCAACUGCGACAGAUCAUCAACGAAAUAACACAGGCGAACCCCCACACACGGCACGAUAUUCUGAUAAAAGGUUGGCAGAUUAAACUCCCGAGAUCGAAGAGUUCGCUGACUCAACAGGCAGCUUCGACUUCAACUACUAGUAACACUAGUUCUCCCAUGCAACGCCCUACCCCGGUUCAUCCUGUUGCUGAUAGCAGGCCAGUGUCACAUUUUCCUCCUGAGAGUUGGCCAGUGAACUAUGACCACCUGAUGUCGAUGUAUCCAUUUUCUUCGCCAAAUAUGACACACACUUUAAGACUAAUAGAACAAUUCGAUAUAUGCCAAUGUGCCUGGCUUUGCUUCAACGACUCGGAGGUCAAGAUUGUCGAAAUGCAUAAUCGCUCGUCGCGGACUUUCAAGUUGAGUGCCAAGAUCGAGCACAUACAAAUUGACGUUGUCGACGAGCUUGACGCUGGACGGAAAGCUUUUGUGUUUUGCCAUCAGUACACACAUGAUCCGAUCCUAUCAACUCCCGUCGAAAUCUAUUUGCUCAAUAUUUGCUCCUUCUGCGAGCUAUCACUGUACUACGACUCCGCGACGCUGAUUUGCAGCUCUAGAUCUCGGUGCAAUGACAUAUCGUUGACCGGAGACAGAAAAAAAACCGACGAGAACUAUGUAGCCGGAUGUGGGUAG